AUGUCAAGUCAGCUACAAUCUGAAACAAAUGACUCUAUGCGAGAGAGCUCUCAAGAUGAAAGGAGUUGGUUCUCUGGAUUAUUAGGUACUGCCUUACGAAUGAUCUUAUUUCAAAUAGCGAUAAGCUAUUUUAUAGGUAGAAAAAAAGAUAGAGUAGCAGUAGAAACGUCUGGAGGCGAAGUUUUGCCAGUAUUACAUAACUUUUUCUCUCCUGGAGAUAGAUUUGACAUGUACGCACAUAUUGUUUUUGGCGAAGAUAUCUCAAGCAUGGAACUUGAAAAGUUGAGUAAAGAUUUAAUUACUAUGGGGAUUACUUCAAACUCUUCUAAACUUCUUAAUUACAAUGUAUGGAAACUAGAGAAUUUAGAAUAUACAAGUAUGUCAAGUAGUUUAGCAAAAAACGUAACAAUAAUACCACCUUUAGAAUUAUUUGACGAAAAACUAAAUAUUUCAGCCAACUUAAUCAUGACUCUUUUUCCACAUAAAAACAAGGAACUAAUUCCUAUGAACCAUAUUUCAUUAGUGAAGUGGAUGCCUAAAUUAUCUCAAGAGGACUCCUUAGUGAAUCUACUAGAUAAUCCCUCCAAAACAACCUUAGAUAUCAAAAGUACAUCUGGAAAAACGGAUAAUAUGAUAAAGUAUUGGAAAAAUUCCAUAGAUCUGAGGGUUAUAUUUGACCAGCAAACAUACUCAACAAAACAAGCUCAUAUACCACCACUAUCAUAUAUGCAAUAUAGCAUCAACCUAGGAGUAUACUUACCCAUUGUAUACCCAUCUGACUUCUGGUGCAUUGAGAAGAAUUUUGUUGCCCUAAACUCAACCUUGAUUGGAAAACCACUAAAUUUGACUCUAACUUUUGAUACAUUUACUUUGUUUAAAUAUUCUAUCCAGAGACAAAUGGUAGAUUCCUGGGAGUUUCAAAAUCACUAUGGUCUAGGCCAAAACCAAAGAGACAUUUUUAUGAUUAAGAGAAUUUUUCUUGAAACUAAUAGAUACUAUUUGAUGUUUAGUUUUGUUUUUUUCGUACUACAUUCAUCUUUUCAGGUUUUAGCAUUUAAGAAUGAUAUUUCAUUUUGGCACAAUAAUGAAUCAAUGCACGGUCUAAGUGGACUUUCAAUUUUUGCUUCCUUUAUAUCGGAACUCAUUAUUGGGUUAUAUUUAUUGGAUUCAAAUGAGACGAGUUGGAUUUUACUUGUAGAGAUUUUUAUUGGAAUAUCAAUUUCAGCUUGGAAAAUGUGGAAGGCAAAAAUAUUUGUUCUUUCUAAAAAAUUCCCAUAUAUAAACUUUAAACAGGUAUUCAAUGAUACUUCAGAAACAGAUAAACACCUAAAAAAUUCUGAAACUCUAACCAGACAUUACGACUAUGUGGCAAUAAAAUAUAUGUCAAUCAUGUUAAUACCAUGUACAUUUGGUUAUGCAAUUUACUGUCUCAAUCACUACAAAUAUCGUAGCUGGUAUUCAUUCUUUAUAUCUGUUCUUGCUGGCACAGUAUAUACAUUUGGCUUUAUUAUGAUGACUCCUCAGCUAUAUAUAAAUUAUAAAUUAAAAUCUGUAGAUCAUUUGCCAUGGAGAUAUCUUAUAUACAAGGCAUUAAAUACUUUUAUUGAUGAUAUCUUUUCUUUCAUCAUAGAUAUGCCUUGGAUGCAUAGAUUAGCUUGUUUCAGAGAUGAUGUUAUCUUCAUAAUUUACAUAUACCAACGCUGGAUUUAUUCUGAGGACAAAUCACGUGGACAUUUAUCUGGAGAUAAUGAAUUAGUUAAAACUGCCAAUACAGUAGAAGAAAGAGAUGAGAAUAUGAAAGAAAUAGAAGAUAUAACAUCAAAUAAAGAGACUAAUCUAAAUUAUGAGGGCAUUAGACUUCGAAAUUCCAUUAAGAAUCAAAAUUAG